GCUGGCGCGAGCGGGACCGGAAACGCUUUCUGGACUUAACCGAGACUUCCCGGAGACCCUGUACUCCGUCCAGCUGUGCCGACGCGCUCUGUUUACUUAAACCACCUUGUGAAUGUGGAUGAGAAUCUCUACAGCGCUCCUGAAUUGCUCCUGAGAUAAUUAACGGGUUGGAAUCGGGUAUUUUAGGUUGGCGCGCGCAACGCACGCGUUCAACGUUUUUGAACUUUACCGGUUGUUGUUCUAGUUUAAGAACCGCUACAGAGACAUUACCACUCUAACCGAUUUGCAAUGCUUUGCUAAACGGCACAGACGGCACCGGAUGACGUUUGGGAAGUUUGAGGUAUCAUUUUGUGCGCGUGCCUGUGCGUGUAAGAAUUGCGCCCGCGUGCAUGGACCUCUGUUGUAUGUAGUGGGCGGCCGUGUGUCGGUGUGAAGGACAGCACGCGCGCAUUUAAGUAAAAAAACAAACAAAACAAAAAGUCUCCAACCUGUGAAGGUAAAUAGGACCGCGCGUGUCUCCACGAGUGUCGCGAGCUCCGGAUAUACCAACACCACCACCACCACCACCAACAACAACAGUGUCUCCAUCCUCUAAGGAAAUGUUCCGACUGGGAAUCCUCCUGAACCUGCUCUUCAUCAGAGGCUGGUUGUCCUCGGUGGUGCCCCUGUUCCCGGGCACGCUGGACUGCGGGCAGGCUGUACAGGAGUGUAUGGCCCAACCUGAGUGUGAAAAACUGUACAGACAGCUGGACUACUGCGUGGACGAAGAAGCCGUUGUGCCGCUCGUUCCUGAAGUCCGCCAAGCCUGCGCUGAUGCCCAGAAUGCCCUGCUGCACCAUCGGCCCCUGCAGGAGUGCAAGUGCCAGCGCGGAUCACGCAAAGAGACUCUCUGUCUCCGAGUGUACUGGACCGUGCGCUUCCCACAGGGGUAUGAUGACAUUGAGACGUCCCCGUACGAGGACAUCGAACUGGAGCUUGCGAGAAAUAGCGAAGUAACAAAACUGGCCUCGAUUGUGGCAGGUACUUCACAUCUUCAACACUCAGUGUCAGUGUCCUCAUUUCCAGUAGAUGGACAGAACCAGUGUUUAAAGGCAGCGCAGGACUGUGGGCUGUUCGAGAAAUGUGGUGCCCUACGUGCAGAGUAUGUGCUGGCGUGCACCAAGCGAGUGGCAGGCUCAGAUCGCUGCAACAGACAGAAGUGCCACCGGGCACUGCGCAGGUUUCUGGAGCGUGUGCCUGAAGAGUACAGCUUUGGUGUGCUUUUCUGCUCCUGCACUGAGCCAUUAUGUGGAGAGAGAAGAAGGAAGACCAUUGUCCCUUCCUGUUCCUAUGAGGAGAAAGAUGCACAACCUAACUGCCUGCACCUGGAGAGCUAUUGCCUCCGUGAUGACCUGUGCAGGUCCAGACUGGCUGAUUUCCAGCAGAACUGCCAGCCGUCCUCUUACUCCCCUUCAGGCUGUCUGCGUGAGAGCGGAGCCGUCUGCCUGAAGGCGUACGCUGGACUGAUCGGUACGAUCAUGACACCGAACUAUGUGAGUAAUAGCAGUAUGGAGGUGUCUCAGUGGUGUAACUGUGAAGGCAGCGGGAAUCAGCUGCAGGAGUGCCUGCGUAUCCUGCACAUGUUCAACAGCAACACAUGCCUGCGUAAUGCCAUAGAGAACAUGGGGAGUGCCAAUCCUCGGCCUGUGGAGGAUAGGCUGCUCCCUCCCCCUCAUCCCUCGCCCCACAUUCAACAUGACGAGCUAAACGUCAACUUGUUCGAAGACCUCAACUUGGUGGAGGAGAGCGAGGAGGAAAAGAACGAGCACGAAGAAGAGAUAGAUCCGGUGGAUGAGUUCAACGUCAUCCCCCCAUUCCCAGAGAAGGCCACUGUCACUGAUUUGGGUUCAGAGACAGGCAGAGUUCAGGGCCGGGCUUCAUCCUUUUCAGCCUCGCUUUAUCUUAUUCUUCUGCUGCUGCUCGCUACCCUCAGCUGGGGGUAGAAACCACCGCCAUUCACACUCAUCCACACUCACACACAUACACUUACAUCUGCACACACCCUCCUCAAAAUAAUCACUCACACCCACUCUAAAGACUCAAAGACUUUAUUCUGAGGGAUGGAGAGAAUGCAAGAUGAAAUGAAAUGAAAUGAAAAGAGAAGAAGAGGACAGAGGACAGGAAAGUCCUCUCCUACCCGCUACUGACCUUUCCUUUCACUCUGUUUCUCCUUCUCAACAAGAGGGCUGUGUGUAGCUUGCCGAUCGCAGCUCGUCCCCCAGGGAGUCACUCUCUGAAUCUGAUUCUGUGCCAAUUGUUUGGAAAAUUGUCAGGAAUCAUGAUUCAUGACUCAUUGGACUGAAUCGAAUCGGAUAUAUUUAACGCCUGACUGUCAUUGAGUGAAUCAGUGAAUCAGUGAAUCAGUAAUGUGAUGUAUCUGUUGUAUAAUUCUCCUUUGCUUUGCUGAUGUUGGCUAACCAUCAGUCAACUUGUGCCGCUGUUUGGGAAUUGCUAUAUUGCUUCCGUCCAAUGACACAGCUACAUAUGAGUUUUGUACUUUGCAUUUAGACACCUUGUGCGUUUUCUCAUUCUGAAGCUUUGUAACAGUGUGUGUGUGUGUGUGUGUGUGUGUGUGUGUGUGUGUGUGUGUGUGUGUGUGUGUGUGUGUGUUUGUGUGUGUGGGUGUGUGUGUGUACAAAAUGUUUGCACUUUGUCAACAUCAGAAAAAAACCUCUUACAAUACGUGUCCACUCGCAAGUUCACCGGCUGCAUCCUAUUUAUUUCAGUGAACAGCUCCGAUGGUGUGGUGACUAUGAUUGUCCUUCUUGCUAGAAUACGGUUUAAUCUCACGUACAUGCCAAAUUAUAAUUAUUUCUAAGUAUUUGAAUGAAUUUAAAUGGAAUACUCGUUGCUAAAGCUGGCUAUCGAUUAGCAUGAAGCUAACAGGGAGUCUGUCAUUGGACUACAUUAACUACACAUUAGAAUCUAGCUAGCUAAUAGUGCCAUAAAGGAAUGCUAAUGUUGCUCGUCUCUGGUUACACUAAAAGUGCUGAAAAAACAAAACAAUAGAAGCCAUCACAGAAAUUCUAAUGGUUUCCACUACAAAUACCAUUACAAAUCAUUAGAUAACCAUUAAAAACAUUACCAUUAUUGGUGCUUAAGUGUAUCCACUAGACAUAACAUACCACCAAUAGAAGGCAACAUAUUACCAGUAGAGACCCACAGGGACCAUUACAGUUUCCAUUAAAAGCAAUACAAUUCCCAUUCUAAGCAUUAAAUUCAUUUCAAAUUCUAUGAGGGUUUCUAUUGUUUUUGUCUGCUUUGUUUGUUUGUUUUCAGCAGGGAUGUGCCAGACUGAAAGAAACUGCAAACGUUUUAAAUAAAAACACGGGAAACUAUUCACUAAAACUAGCCAGUUAGUCUAAUAUGUAAGCUAACUUUGCAAAUGACUAGCUAAACAUGAAAAUCUAACAAGGCUAAUGUAACUCUGACCUGUUACAGUAGAGCUGGUUACAGAUUUUGCUCAGGUGAGAGUAUUUGCAAGAUGUAAACAAAUUCUUCAAUUAAGUAAUUAACUGUUUGCUAGCUAGCUAAUUAGCCUUGGUUUACUUUUAUACAAGCUUUUAAUGUUAAAAGGGGUUAGUCAUUAUGCAAGGUUAGUUAAACAUAAACAGCUAGCCAAAUAAAUAAAGAUAAUGAGUAUAACUAGCUGGCUAACUUCUGGUUACACUGUGAUUUAAAUAAACAUGUAAUUAGCUAAUAGCCGGCUUGGUAGUUACUUAGUAUCACCGAAUAAAAGAAAAUGACUAAGAGGCAUGACUGCGCUUGCGUGUAAAUGUUACGUUUAUAACUUGAGAACAUCUAGCUAGCAUAAAACCGGAAUUUGGAUGGAGGAUUGGACCACACCAGUGUUUAGCUGUUUUUACGUGGGUAGAUGUUGGACAAAAUAAAAACAGACAUAAAAAACGAAGUUGGAGGAUUAACCUUGCUAGCAAAGUGGACAGCUAAUGCAUGCUAAGAUAACUAAGAAAAAUAAUAAAUAAAUAAAAAUCUACAGUUUGUUCUUUAUCGGUGUAAAAUUUGAUACUAAAUACAAAAAAGAGAGAAAUAAAUAAAACACACAAAACUAGAUAACACUGAAUUAAUUGCUUAACUACUCUAAAGACAGUUUUGUAAAAUUUCGUCAGGUUUGUUUACAUUUGCUUGAUUGCCAUGACAACGAGCACAGAAACGGUAGACGCGGUGACAGAAGAUGCAAGUAGAUAUGUAUUGUUAGAGUAUAAAUUCUGAGGUUUUUGUAUUAAGUGAAGUUCCAGGCAUACUUACACACACUCAUACCCUUACUCAUACACACACACACACACACACACACACUCACACAUCCGUACGGCGUGACCCUCCAUCGGUGCAGAUGCAAGCGCUUUUCCUUUAUUGCUCUAUCUGCACUGUGCUUUAAUUUUUAGAGUCAGCACAGGCUGUGGACUCUAACCAGGGGCAUAAAUAAUAAACACACACACACCCACACACACACACACACACACACAUCUUGGAACAAUACGACUAAUAAAAUCUAAAGAAAUAAAUAAGCGUGUAAAUAAAUAAAUAAAUCAGUGCGUGAAGACGUGAGUGCACAGCAGGUGUUGGGGGUCCAGUCUGGGUUUGGAACCUCCGGGAGGAAGUUAUUUGCCAGCCGGAGAUAAUGGGUUAUAACGCAAACUGUUUAUCUUGUUGUGUGUUGGUGGGGGGAAGAAUUGCUUUUGAUAGAGCAUGAAGAAAAAAAAGCGAUAGGGGAGAGAGAAAAGAAAUAAGAGAGACCCUCCAGCACAAACAUACAGUCAAACACCUCCAGCUCUUUUUGUCGUAUAAAUCUAUUGCUGACACUAAUGUUUGUUUGUUUGUUUUUUUUCUUUGUUCCCCCUCCUUCAUUUUCCUCGUGUAUGUCUGAGCACGCUAGAGAAUCUUUCCUUCUCUUCCAGAGGGGCUUUAAUGUUAUUAAAGGCCCCCGCUUUGGUCUUACCCCCUCCAUUGUGCCGGUUCACAGGGAUCUAACGCAAGGCAAAGAGGUCGGACGCUGCUAUGUCUCUCUGUCGCUCUGUUUCUUUGUAUGCUAUCCUAAUAAGAGAAAGCUCCUCACAUUACACCACGUACAUGUCUUAACAACGACCUCCCCAAAUUGGUCUAUUAUACGGCAGGAAUGGAAUAGGCAGGGCACUGAUCGAACUGCUGUUCCGCCAUCCAGGCAAAGGUCAGCACUUGUGUGUGUGUGUGUGUGUGUGUGUGUGUGUGUGUGUGCUUUUAUGUUUUUUAUUUCAAAAUAUUGAAUUCGAUUUAAGCGACAAAUUAAAUUGUCAGCGAAUGAAAAAAAAUGUAAUGGUGUUGAGGAGUUAAGGUGAAUAAACCCAUCACGUCUCCACGUUACUUCUGUAUUAAAAAAAAAAAAAAAAAAAAAGUGCUACAGGACAUAGAGACAAGUUAAUAAUAUUGGGCCAGUAAUCAUUUCUGUCAUGAUUCAGCCAUUUCUUUUUGUCGUCUGUAGAUGAAGAAAACAAAUGGCCUGCAAAGGAUAUAGGCUCUGCAAAAGGCCAUUGCAGAGAUGAAUUAACAUACAUUCUUUGAUCCAGAACCAAAUUUUCAGUGACUGAAAAGAUAAGAGUCAGAUUUCUGGUGGUAUAUAAAAAAAAAUUGAGUUCAUGAGCUUAUCUCGUCUUGUCUCCUGUUUUGUCUUUGCUUAUGUAUCAGAAAGACUCCUUUAAAAUGUUAUUAUUAUUAUUAUUAAUAUUAUUAUUUUUACACUCCAAAUCAGGGAUGGAUGAUAUGUAAAAAAAAAGUCACAUGAUAUUUAAAUAUGGAUCACAGAUGUGGUAUGUGGGGUGCAGUAUGAUAUUUUUAUACCAUGGUCUGUCCGAAUGCUCGAUUCUGAUUGGCUGGAAGGUUAAAGCUGUGUUACAACACAGGUAGUUCCGGUCAGGUCUUUGCUAAAUGAAUGCGCUGCCUAUACACAACCGGAAUCAUAGUAACAUACAGUUACAUUUGUAUACAGUAGCUUCAUUAUUAGUAAAGAUGCAGCACAGAUGCAGGUAAUUCAGACACACACAAUUCAAAUCCCUUUCUCUUCUCUCUCUCUCUCUCUCUCUCUACUAUUUACUAUAAUUCAUUCAAAUAAACGUAAUCGUAUCGCAUUACUUUAUCUCUGUGUAUGAUUUAGAGCAGACAGAAUUCUAGAUCCCGUAUAUAAAAUUGCUAAUGAAAAUUAACCGUUAUUUAUUAUUUUUUUUCAUAAUUUUGCACUGCAAACAUCAAUGACCGCUUUAAUUGUCAAUGCUGGCAAGUGACCAUGGUAUAAGCGGGAUAAUCAGGAUGUUCUUUGUAACGCACACCUAGACAUGAAUUAUCCCUUACUUAUGCAGUGUCACCGGAAAUAAAUGAUUUAACACAGAAAUGAAAACAACUGAUACAAAAAUAACAUUAAAAAAAUAGCAAAGUUAACAUUCAGUCAGUUAUUUGCCAAUUUCUUUAAGUAACAAUGGAGAUGGUCAUUGCAGUAUCUCAGGAAAAGCGCACCCCCCCCCCCCCCCCCCCUCCCUUCCGGGAAUAAUAAUUAAACACCUUAUUAAUAUUAUAUCAUUGGAUUGGUCAACGCUGCUCCAACAAUAUUAGAUAUUAGAUAUUAGACAGGUAUCAACAGAAAUGGAAACUUUACACAAUUGUAUAAAAGUAAAAUACUGUACUUUUUUUUAAAAAAAGCUAUACUGAAUGUUCUGAAAAAUGUUCAGAAUCAAUGAUGGAGCAGGUUCAUCUACUAGCCUAAAUGUAUUUACAGUAAUGGCUACUAAUAAAUUUAGUAUAAUCUAUUCGGUAUUUACCAUUUCUACAAAGCAUAUAAUUAAUAAAACACUUUAUUUUUCACUUUAUCUCUACGUAUUGCAAAAAUAUAUAAAAUAUACUGUAUUAUAAACUCUAUAUAUUGAGUGCUAGGGCUGAGUUUACUUGGGAUUAUAUUAUUUAUUUGCGACUGAAUGCUGGUGAGUUUUACACUUCAAUAUUGCUUAGAAGUAUAAAAAAGUAUAUGCAUUUGAAAAGUUGUAUCUGCUUUGGGAGUUUAAAUCCCAGAAUUGUCAGAGAGAGAGAGAGAGAGAGAGCCUUCUAAUACAGUGUUGAUGUGUCUUUCAUCGACGAACAUUCAGUGAAACAAAAAAAAAAUGACACAAUAUUAUUAAUUGACUCUGUCCAUGCCUCCGGUAUUAAAGUAUUUUUGCGGAAGGACCAGAGACGUGAUGUGAUCUGAAACACGAAGCCUAUUUAUUACCUAUAUAUUUUUGCACCAACUUAAUUUAUCUCUUAAAUUGAAUUGGAUAUUCGGAUGGAGACAUGGAUAUCACUACUGACGCAGACAGCGCUCAUCCAAUCAGAGGCCUUAAUUACAAACAUGCACAUUUCAGACGGGAAGAUUGACGUGUGUGUCCAGAAGCCACUCAGCUCGUGUGAUGGCCGGUGUAAUUUUUUAAUUGCUGUCACUGAGCAAAGAUCAUACCAUGGCAUAAAGACAUGAGGCAGCACGAGUGAUGUCUCUGCCUUAUAGUAAUACGUUUUUUUUUUUUUACUGAAACAAACAAACAAGCCAUGCGUUAAAUGACUGCAGAUAGCAGGAUAUCAGACGCACUGAGGCAGAGAGGUGAUUGUAGGCUGAAUUUUUAGACCUUUUUGUGUUUAUGUGCGUGUGAGCCAUUACUAUACAGUGUAAACACAUCAAGCUUUAAUGCUUUAAUAUACAGAUUCAGAGAGAGAGAGAAAGAGAGAGAGAGAGAGAGAGAGACUCAGAGAGAGAGGGUGAGCGAGAGAGAUACAGACUGAGUGUGAGAGAAAGAGAAACAGAUAAAGAAUGAGAGACAGAGAAAGAAUGAGAGAGACAAAGUGAAAGAAGGACAGAGUAACAGAAAGAGACAGAUAGACAGAGAGAGAAACAGAGAUACGCAGAGACAGAGACAAACAGAACGAGAGAGACAGAAAGUGUGAGAGAAACAGACAGAGAGAAAGAACAAGAGACACAGUGAAAGAAAGACUGAGUGACAGAAAGAGAUAGAUAGAUAGAUAGAUAGACAGUCAGAAAGAAAGGCAGAGAGAGACAGACAGACUGAAAGAAAGCAAGAUAAACAGAGUGAGAAACAGACAGAUUAGCAGAGAUAUAGACAGAAAGAGAGACAGUGACAGACAGACAGACAGACAGACAGAGCGUGACAGAGAGAGUGAGAGAAGCAAACAGAAAACGACCCAGAGAGACAGAGACAGGUAGACAGAUAGCAAGAGAGAGACAGACAGAUAGACAGAAAAAAAACCAGACAGAUAGGCAGAGACAAAGAGUGAGAAACAGACAGACAGGAAGAGAGAGAGAGAGAGAGAGAGAGAGAGAGAGAGAGAGAGAGAGAGAGACAGACAGACAGAGAGAAAGAGAGAGAGAGGAAGAGACACAGAGACAAACAGCCAGAAAAAUAGACAGAUAAAAAGAGAGCCUAUAUAAGCUGGUGUGAGUGAGACGGAUAGAGAUACUGUGGAGAGUGAAAGAGAUUAAGAACAAUAACGGAGAGAGAGAGAGAGAGAGAGAGAGAGAGAGAGAGAGAGAGAGAGAGAGAGAGAAGGUGAAGAAGAAAAACAGAAUGAGUGCGCAAGAGAGUGAAAAAGAUAUAGGGUAUAAACAGAGUAGAGGCAGAAAGCUUGUGAGAGGAUUAGGAGUUCUCAGAAUGGGAAAGAUUGCAUGAGGAUGGAAGAUUGAGAGAAAGUCAGGGAGAGAGAGAGAGAGAGAGAGAGAGAGAGAGAGAGAGUGUGUGAGAGAGAGAGAGAGAGAAUAGCAGCAGGACUGAAAUGAGCUUCACUAGUCAGUGCUAUAUGCUGUGAAUGAAACAGGAGCAUCUGACUACAUCAUUAAUACUAACACCAGGUUCUCCCUGCCUCUCACACACACACACACACACACACACACACACACACACACACACACACACACUAUACCUCGUUUAGACACUACUUUCAGCUUUCAGACAUCGAGCUUUCCAUUUGCUUUGCUAUUGCUCUCAUAGACACUUUCGAACACUUAUGUCUUUUCCUCCCCUUGUUUUUUCUUUCUCUCUUCUCUCUCUCUGUCUUUGUCCUGCAGCGGAGUCAUGUGCUCAGUGGACUGUAUCGCUCUCUGUUCCACCCUACACUCCAACCCCAAUUACAUGACCAUAAUUAACACCGCUAAUGUUUUCCUAAUGAAGAACAUUCUCAAAAGAAAAAGAAAAAAAAAAUCACCAAAAACACUAAGGCCGUAUUUAAGCUGGCCGAGCGUGUGUAAUACUUAUUCAGAACACGAAAGCUUUAUUUUGUACUAAUUGACGCCUCACGGCUUUACGCCGCCAUUUUUUUGGGUCAUUGAAUUCCACAUUAGUAUGCGACUUUAAAGCAGCAUGACACUAGUGCUGUGUUUUCCUGAAUUUCUUUAUGUUGUUUGUCUUUCUGUAUCUGUAUUGACACUGGACCUUAGAGUUCACGCUCCACUGUUGACUGUGCACACAUCCGCAGACCAUGGACAGAUGUACGCUACAGAACAGGGCCGUUCACAGCACAUCAUCACUCACCGCGAUCAGGUCAUGGUGUGGCAGCAGAUGUUCCAUCAAGACAGAAUGAAAAAUACAGAACCAUAAUAGCACAGGAAAUAUUUUGGAAGUGAGGAUGCUGCUGUGAUCCAUGCCAAAGUUGCCUCAUCCACACACUGUACCCGUCCCGUACUCGCUCUAACCACGCUGCUCAUUGGAGAUCUAUCCAUUUAGAUCCUUGCGUACAAUUUAUGGUGCUAAUUAUAAAAUUGUAAUUGCAGUAGAUUGCAUAGUGAUCAUCAUAUACGGUAUUACAAGGCCUUAAUGCACAAACAUAAUCAAAAUAAAAAAAAAAAAAAAAAAAGAGAGAGAGAGAGAGAGCGGGCACAAUCCAAGUCAGCAGGUAGACCAAAAAUAUUAAAAAGCCUGAAUGCUGCUCCUUGUUGUUAAAUCAUGUUGGUGAAAUGAUCAGGGCUCCAGCAUCAGGUUAUUAAAUGUGUGGAGUUUCUCUUGUCUAUGUGGGUUUCCUCCCCAAGUCCAAAGGCAUGCUCUGACAGGCUAAUUGGCAUCUCUAAAUCGUCUGUAGUGUGUGAAUGGGUGCGUGAGUGUGUGUAGGUGUGAUUGUGCCCUGCGGUGGGUUGGCUCCCCAUCCAGGGCAUCCCCCACCUUGUGCUCCAAGUCCCCUGGGAUUAGCUCCAGGUUCCCUGCGACCCUGUGUAGGAUAAGCGGUACAGAAAAUUGACGGAUGGUUGCUCGUAGGCAGAUGGGCUACUCCAAAUCACCCCUAGUUGUGCAUAAAUGUGCAAAUGUGUGUGUGUAUGUGUGUAUGGUGCCUGGCAUCCCAUCCAGGGUGUAUUCCCACUUCAUUCCCAGUGACUCCACUGCAACUCUGACCAGGAAAAAACGGUCCCUAUUACCUGACUGGUUAAUUCCGCUCUCAAUAUCUAAUCCAGUUGGUAGUUACUUGUAAUUUGGUCCAGCUCCUGAAGUCACAACCUCGAUGUCUGAGAUAUCUACCUAGAUACCUAAUAAUGAGCAAAAAGUUUGAGGUUUUUCAUUCGCAGAAACAAGGUCUCAACUCUAAACCCUUCACAUACACUCCUACUGAAUCCCCUCUUAAAUCCUAAAAUCACCAUGUAUCCUUUAUUGUACCGCUCUAAACACGCUCGAUGUCUCCUUUCUUAGCUGAUAUUUACUUUCAUGUUGGAGAGCAAACUCUGAAUAGAUGGAGGAAUAGUUUUAGUCGCUCAAGUGCUGCCCCAUGCAUCUGAUGCCUCUUUUGUCUUGCUCCAAACCCACCCUACACCCUUACUGUGCUCACUGUAAUCACUCCUUAUGCCUAUUUACAAAUAUAUAUGGCUACCAUCCCUGCUCUAAACACGCCCCAUACCCCAACUCACCCCUCGUCCUCCCCUUAUCCCUGGUGUACACACUCUCAGCUGUUCCUCUGAGAUCGGCUCCUUUGACGAUUCUUCAAAGCGACUAGUUUAAGCCGACAAUGCAACUGAGGACUAAAGUUUCAUGUUGCCAAGGUUAAGCAGCAACUCUGGCUUUAGUUCACAGUCAGUUUGGACAACUUUCAGCUGUCAUGGGUGCCACAAAACACGCCCUCUUCCCCAAAUGGAUCAGAUCCCAGAGCUGUGACUCUUUAUCCAGACCAUGCAGCGGUGUUGCCUGGCAAUCAGCGCUAAUUCACAAUUAGUCACAUUAGCACAAGUAGUCACAGCCUGGGAGUUCCUUAUGGGCUCUGGAACUCAUUUCUCAGCUUCACACUCCUUUUGGUAUUCAGGUUCUGCGCUGUGUCCUGUUUCCUAUCAAGUGUAUUAAGAAAAGAAAAGAAAAAAAAACUUUAAAAGGAUGAAAUCACUGUUGCUGUGUACCAUUAACAAUGUUCCAUCUGAAAUAAAGGAAGAAACGAUCGGUCUGAG